CACACCAAUGAGCCGAGUCCCAUCCUUUUCGCUCUGUCAGCCGCACAUGCGCGCGCACACCCACACUAACCCACCAUAACUUCCCACAACCUGCGGCGAGCUCGAGGCUCCCCAAGCGAGAGCAAACCAUGGCUGACGGAGAAGGCGAGGACGAAAUUCAAUUCCUGCGAACUAAUGAUGAGGUGGUCCUACAGUGUUCAGCCACAAUCCAUAAGGAGCAACAGAAAUUCUGCCUGGCUGCCGAAGGCUUCGGAAACAGACUGUGCUUCCUUGAAUCAGUCUCCAACUCCAAGAAUGUCCCUCCAGAUCUGUCAAUCUGUACUUUUGUGUUGGAGCAAUCACUGUCGGUUCGAGCCCUUCAGGAGAUGCUGGCCAGUACUGAAGAGAAGACUGGGGGAAUGAUCCAAGGGGGUGGUCAUCGCACUUCGUUAUAUGGCCACGCGAUCCGUCUACGCCACUCUUACAGUGCAAUGUACCUGUGUUGUCUAUCCACCUCUCGAUCGUCCACAGACAAAUUAGCUUUUGAUGUGGGGCUGCAGGAAGACACUACAGGUGAGGCAUGCUGGUGGACCAUUCAUCCAGCAUCAAAGCAACGUUCCGAGGGGGAGAAGGUCAGAGUGGGGGAUGAUCUCAUUCUUGUCAGCAUCUCAUCUGAGAGAUAUCUGCAUCUAUCCUACGGCAAUCAAUGUCAAAAUGUAGAUGCCGCCUUCCAACAAACUCUGUGGACCGUUACUCCCAUCUGUUCCGGCAGUGAAGUGGCACAAGGUUUCUUGAUAGGCGGGGAUGUCUUACGCCUCCUUCAUGGUCAUAUGGAUGAGUGUUUAACUGUUCCUUCUGAAGACCACGGGGAGGAGCAGCAGAGAACGGUGCAUUAUGAGGGUGGAGCAGUGUCGAGUCAUGCCAAGUCCCUGUGGAGGCUAGAGACACUACGGGUUCUAUGGAGCGGUAGUCAUAUUCGCUGGGGCCAGCCGUUCAGACUCAGACACGUGACUAGUGGGAAAUAUCUGAGUCUGAUGAAGGAGAAAUCAUUACUGCUUAUGGAAAAAGAAAAAGCAGAUGUCAAAUCGACAGCUUUUUGUUUCAAAUCUUCCAAGGAAAAGGUUGACCUUGGCGUAAAAAAGGAAGUGGAUGGAAUGGGUACACCCGACAUUAAGUACGGUGACUCAGUGUGUUACAUUCAGCAUGUCGACACUGGUCUGUGGCUCACGUACCAGACUGCAGAUGCAAAAUCUGCACGCAUCGGUGACGUUCAAAGAAAGGCCCUCAUGCACCACGAAGGUCACAUGGACGACGGGCUGACAUUGUCUCGGUCGCAACAUGAAGAAAGUCACACUGCCAGAGUCAUCCGAAGUACUGCGUUUUUAUUCAACCUAUUCAUCAGGAGUCUAGAUACAUUAAGAGCAAAAGGAAAGAGCACAACUUUUGACGCACCAAUCGACUCAUUCAGCCUGAGUCUUCAAGAUCUCAUUGGCUACUUCCAGCCACCUGACGAUCACCUAGAACACGAAGACAAGCAGAAUCUCCUAAGAGCUUUGAAAAACAGACAAAACCUCUUCCAAGAAGAGGGAAUGAUCGCCCUGGUUUUGGAGUGCAUUGAUCGACUCCACUUCUACAGCAGUGCAGCCCAUUUCACAGAAGUAGCUGGAAGGGAGGCAGGAGCGGCCUGGAGCUCCAGCCUUAACUCUCUCUAUCAACUGCUGGCUGCACUCAUCAGGGGUAACAGAAAAAACUGCGCUCAGUUUUCAAGGUCCUUAGACUGGCUCAUCAGCAGACUGGAGAGACUGGAGGCCUCCUCUGGCAUACUGGAGGUUCUUCACUGUGUGCUGGUGGAGAGUCCUGAAGCACUGAACCUUAUCAAAGAGGGACAUAUCAAAUCCAUAAUUUCACUUCUGGACAAACAUGGACGCAACCACAAGGUUCUUGAUGUGUUGUGUUCCCUUUGUGUGUGUCACGGUGUGGCAGUACGCUCAAACCAGCACCUGAUCUGUGACAACCUGCUGCCGGGAAGAGACUUGUUGCUUCAGACACGCCUGAUGAAUUACGUAAGCAGCAUUUGCCCUAAUAUCUUUCUGGGUGUUAGUGAAGGCUCUGCUCAGUAUAAGAAGUGGUACUAUGAGCUGAUUGUAGACCAAGCGCUGCCAUUUGUCACAGCUGAGGCAUCUCACCUCAGAGUGGGCUGGGCCAACACCAAUGGUUAUAUGCCCUCCCCCAGCGGUGGGGAAGGUUGGGGCGGAAAUGGAGUGGGUGAUGACCUCUAUUCCUUUGGCUUUGAUGGACUCCAUCUUUGGUCAGGUUGUAUUGCAAAGACAGUUAGCUCACCCAAUCAGCAUCUUCUGAAAGCAGACGAUGUGGUGAGCUGCUGCUUGGACCUUAGUGUGCCCAGUAUCUCCUUCAGGAUCAACGGCCAACCAGUUCAGGGCAUGUUUGAGAACUUUAACUCUGAUGGCCUCUUUUUCCCCGUGGCCAGCUUCUCUGCUGGAGUUAAGCUUCGUUUCCUUCUUGGGGGUCGCCACGGAGAGUUUAAGUUCCUCCCUCCACCAGGUUAUGCUCCUUGCUUUGAGGCCGUGUUGCCAAGAGAUAAACUGAAACUUGAGCCCUGUCAACACCAGACCUCAGCCAGGGACCUUUUGGGACCCACUGUUACGAUGAGUCGGGCAACAUUCACGCCCAUGCCUGUGAACACCACCCAGAUUGUUUUGCCAUUCAACUUAGAGAGGAUCAAGGAGAAGCUUGCAGAAAACAUCCACGAGCUGUGGGUGAUGAAUAAGAUUGAAUUUGGCUGGACCUACGGCGUUGUACGAGAUGACACCAAGCGGCAACACCCAUGUUUGGUGGAGUUUUCAAAGUUGCCGGAACAGGAACGAAGUUACAAUUUACAGAUGUCUGUGGAAACUCUCAAAACUCUUCUUGCCUUGGGCUGCCAUGUCGGUCUUGCAGAUGAACAUGCUGUGGAGAAAGUCAAAAGUGUAAAACUGUCAUCAACCUAUGAGUUGUCCAGUGGUUACAAACCUGCUCCCUUGGACCUGUGUCACAUCAAGCUGACCUCCACUCAGGAAGCCAUGGUGGACAAAUUAGCUGAAAAUGCGCACAAUGUCUGGGCAAGAGAUCGCAUCCGUCAGGGUUGGACUUACGGAAUUCAACAGGAUGUUAAGAAUCGCAGAAAUCCUCGUCUCGUGCCCUAUAGUCUCUUGGAUGAAAGGACCAAGAAAUCAAACAAAGACAGUCUGAGAGAAGCCGUCAGAACUCUGCUUGGUUAUGGAUACAACCUGGAAGCUCCUGACCAGGACCACGCUCACUUUGAUCAAAGCAAUACGUCUGCUGAAAGGUUCCGGAUCUUCAGAGCUGAAAGAUCCUACUGUGUGAAUGCAGGAAAGUGGUACUUUGAGCUAGAGGUAUUGACAGCAGGAGAGAUGAGGGUUGGCUGGGCGAGACCGGGAUGUCUACCAGAUCUAGAAUUGGGUUCUGAUGAACAAGCCUUUGUCUUUGAUGGAUUCAAGGUACAACGCUGGCACCAGGGCAACGAGCACUUUGGGCGCGCCUGGCAGGCAGGGGAUGUUGUUGGCUGCAUGGUGGACUUGAAUGAACACACCAUGAUGUUCACCCUUAAUGGAGAAGUACUGCUUGAUGACUCCGGCUCAGAACUGGCUUUCAAAGACUUUGACGUUGGUGAAGGUUUCAUCCCUGUGUGCAGUUUGGGUGUGAGCCAGGCUGGGCGGAUUAACUUUGGUAAACAUGUCAGCACCCUGGAAUACUUCACCAUAUGUGGUCUGCAGGAAGGCUACGAACCCUUUGCUGUCAACAUGAACCGCGAUGUCACAAUAUGGCUUAGUAAAAGGCUGCCUCAAUUUGUGCCAGUACCCCCAGACCACCAACAUAUAGAGGUGACAAGAAUAGAUGGGACAGUGGAUUCUUGUCCUUGUCUGAAGGUCACACAAAAGUCAUUUAGUUCACAGAACAGCAACACAGACAUUACUUUCUACAGACUGAGUAUGCCCAUUGAAUGCGCCGAGUCCUUCUCCAGGCCUCCUCCUAACAGCAGUCUCGUGUCACUCAAGACAGAUCUAGAAGACUUUGAAACGGACUUUGAGGUCCUUGUGAAAACGGCACACGGCCACAAUGGUCCAAGCGGUCCAGACAGAGGUGAAUUCAACAACCACAAAGAUUACAACCAAGAGAAAACCUCCAAGCUCAAACAACGGUUUUUGUUGAAGAAGAAUAAACCAGACAACUCCAUUCCCACCCCUGCUUGUCUAUCUGAGGAUCUGAUGGUUGAUGACAGGAAUGAAUAUGAAUUACUCAUGCAAGCAUCUACUCACUCGUACUCGGUCCGGAUCUUCCCUGGCCAGGAGCCCAGCAGUGUGUGGGUGGGCUGGGUCACCUCUGACUUUCAUCAGUAUGAACCGGGCUUUGGGUUGGACACGGUCCAAACUGUAACAGUGACUUUGGGAGAUGAGAAAGGCAAAGUUCAUGAGAGUAUAAAGCGCAGUAACUGCUAUAUGGUGUGGGCUGGAGAGAGCAGCAGCCCAGACGGAAGAAGUAAUAAUGGUUUAGAGAUUGGGUGCUUGGUUGACACAGCAAACGGACUGCUAUCCUUUACCGCGAAUGGCAAAGAGCUCAGCACAUACUAUCAGGUGGAGCCCAGUACUAAACUCUUUCCCGCCGUCUUUGCCAAGGCUACCAGCCCCAAUGUCUUCCAGUUUGAACUGGGGCAGAUUAAGAAUGUGAUGCCUCUGUCAGCUGGUUUAUUUUUGAGUGAGAGGAAGAAUUCAGUCCCCCAAUGUCCUCCCCGGCUGCAUGUCCAGUUUCUCACUCCUGUGUUAUGGAGCCGUGUUCCCAAUCAUUACCCCAAGGUUUCAGUAUCCCGAGUGAAUGACCGACAUGGCUGGCAAGUUCAAUGCAAUGAACCAUUGCAGUUUUUGUCUCUGCACAUCCCUGAAGAGAACAGGUCACUGGAUGUCUUGGAAUUGACAGAAAGGAGAGACUUAUUAAAGUUUCAUUACCAUACCCUCAGGUUGUAUUCUGCAAUCUGUGCAUUGGGAAACAACCGGGUCGCUCACUCCCUUUGUUCUCACGUGGAUGAGGCCCAGCUUCUGCAUGCUAUAGAGAAUAAAUAUAUGCCAGGUUUGCUUCGUGCAGGGUAUUAUGACCUCUUGAUUGACGUCCACCUGAGCAACUACGCAACCGCUCGACUCAUGAUGAACAAUGAGUACAUUGUUCCGAUGACUGGUGAAACCAAGAGUAUAACACUUUUUCCCAAUAAGGAAAAAAAACAUGGCGUGCCUGGCAUUGGGCUCAGCACUUCCCUGAGACCAAGAAUGCAAUUUUCAUCCCCAAGUUUUGUCUGGGGUUCCGGAACAUCACCACGUAGGAAUUCCAACAAUGGCUCAGGAGCAAUCGAUUCUUGCCAGUACAGUCCUGAAUUCCCUUUGGACAUUCUAAAAACCAAAACGGUUGAGAUGUUGACCGAGGCAGUCUCUGAGGGCAACAUGCAUGUCAGGGAUCCCAUUGGGGGCAGCACUGAAUUUCUCUUUGUUCCGCUCAUAAAGCUUUUUUACACCAUGCUCAUCAUGGGCGUUUUCCAAAAUGGAGAUCUGAAGAAUAUACUGCGACUGAUUGAGCCGUCUGUGUUCUCCGAGAAAUGUGAAGUGCAAGAGGAAAUGCAUAGGAAGUUGGGAAAGGAGACAGAGGAUGAAGGGAAAAGCAUCCCAAAGGAGGGCUUGUUGCAGAUGAAACUACCUGAGCCUGUAAAACUUCAGAUGUGCCAUGUUCUUCAGUAUCUGUGCGACUGCCAGGUGCGGCAUCGUAUCGAAGCAGUGGUUGCCUUCUCUGAUGAUUUCGUAGCCUGUCUGCAAGAAAACCAACGCUUUCGCUACAACGAAGUGAUGCUCGCCUUGAACAUGUCUGCUGCUCUCACCGCUAAGAAGACCAAAGAGUUCCGAUCUCCACCUCAGGAACAGAUUAACAUGCUGCUGAACUUUAAAAAGGAGAUGCAGGAGUGCCCCUGUCCCGAAUAUAUCCGAGAACAGUUGCUCGACUUCCAUGAGGACCUCAUGAAACACUGUGGUAUAGAGUUAACAGAAGAUGGCUCUUUCGAUGGAAACAGUCAUUUCACUAUUCGAGGUCGACUGAUGUCGUUGGUGGAAAAAGUGUCUUCACUGAAGAACAAGAUUGUCAACUCGCCAAAGGAAAAUGCAGAUAGACAAUGCAGUACUUUACAGCAAUUGAUUUCAGAGACGAUGGUUCGCUGGGCUCAGGAAUCGGUUAUCGAGGAUCCAGAGCUUGUCAGAGCCAUGUUUGUCCUGUUGCACCGACAGUAUGAUGGCAUUGGAGGACAGGUUCGGGCCCUCCCCAAGACUUACACAAUAAACUCUGUAUCAAUCGAGGACACCAUCAACCUGCUUGCUGCUCUUGGACAGAUAAGAUUGUUGCUGAGCGUACGAAUGGGAAGAGAGGAGGAGAAGCUGAUGAUAAGGGGACUGGGUGACAUUAUGAACAAUAAAGUCUUCUACCAGCAUCCUAACUUGAUGAGAGCUCUGGGAAUGCAUGAGACUGUCAUGGAGGUCAUGGUGAACGUACUCAGUGGCGUUUCCAAGGAAAUCACCUUCCCUAAAAUGGUUGCCAACUGCUGUCGUUUUCUUUGUUACUUCUGUCGAAUCAGCCGUCAAAACCAGAAAGCCAUGUUUGACCAUCUCAGCUACCUGCUGGGAAACAGCAGCGUUGGCCUUGCGUCUCCAUCGAUGCGAGGAGCCACCCCUCUUGAUGUGGCUGCUGCGUCAGUGAUGGAUAACAAUGAAUUGGCCCUUGCUUUGAGAGAGCCAGAUUUGGAGAAGGUGGUUCAGUAUCUGGCUGGCUGCGGACUACAGAGCUGCACGAUGCUGGUGUCUAAAGGAUAUCCUGACAUUGGCUGGAACCCCGUCGAAGGAGAACGCUACCUUGACUUCUUGCGUUUUGCUGUAUUUUGCAAUGGUGAAAGUGUGGAAGAGAAUGCUAACCUUGUGGUGAGACUUCUUAUCCGCCGACCGGAAUGUUUCGGCCCAGCACUUCGGGGAGAAGGUGGUGACGGACUGUUGGCCACAAUGGAAGAAGCAAUUAAGAUUUCCCUUGAUCCAUUCAGAGAUGGUCCUUCCUCUGCACCGGAAAGCAGCAACAUUCUUAAUGAUGGGCUACAGGAAGAAGAUGAUACCAUCCACUUGGGGAAUGCCAUCAUGACCUUCUAUGCGGCUCUCAUUGACCUUCUUGGACGUUGCGGUCCAGAGAUGCAUUUGAUACAUGCCGGUAAAGGUGAAGCAAUCCGCAUCAGAGCCAUUCUAAGAUCUCUCAUUCCCAUUGAAGAUCUUGUGGGGGUCAUCUGCAUUCCAUUCUCGAUGCCGAACCUGGGAAAAGAUGGAGUGGUGUUGGAGCCAGACAUGUCAGCUGGCUUCUGUCCCGACCAUAAAGCGGCCAUGGUGCUGUUUUUGGACCGUGUAUAUGGUGUACAAGAUCAGAAUUUCCUUCUUCACCUGCUGGAAGUCGGUUUCCUACCAGACCUCAGAGCUGCAGCUUCAUUGGACACUGCAGCUCUUAGUGCCACAGACAUGGCUCUUGCCCUCAAUAGGUAUCUCUGCACCGCAGUAUUGCCCCUACUGACGAAAUGUGCUCCACUGUUUGCGGGGACAGAGCCAUUUGCAUCACUGAUCGAUUCCCUCCUUCACACGGUUUACCGUUUGUCGAAAGGCUGCUGCCUUACCAAAGCACAGAGGGAUUCCAUUGAAGAGUGUCUUCUUGCUGUUUGUGGUAAACUGAGACCUUCAAUGAUGCAGCAUCUAUUGAGGAGGCUUGUGUUUGACAUUCCCUUGCUCAAUGAACAUACCAAGAUGCCUUUGAAGCUUUUGACCAAUCACUUUGAGCGUUGCUGGAAGUACUACUGCCUGACCGGAGGUUGGGGCGGUUUUGGUGCCUCGUCUGAUGAAGAACUUCACCUUUCGAGGAAAUUAUUCUGGGGGAUAUUUGAUGCUCUCUCACAAAAGCCAUAUGACCAGGAGCUGUUUAAGGUUGCGUUGUCAUGCCUUAGCGCAGUGGGGGGAGCUCUUCCUCCAGAUUAUAUGGAGUCGAAAUACAUGGCCAUGAUGGACAAACAAUCGUCGAUGGAUUCUGAAGGAAACUUCACUCCACAGCCUGCAGACACUGCCAAUGUGUCUGUCCCGGAAAAAUUAGACAGUUUCAUAGCCAGAUAUGCAGAGCAUAACCAUGAGAAGUGGUGUUUGGAAAAGUUUUCCAAUGGCUGGUCAUAUGGGGAAAACACAUGUGAAAUAACCAGGCGGCACAAUUUAUUGAAGCCUUUCAAAGCACUCUCUGAUAAGGAUAAAGAAUUCUAUUGUUGGCCAAUCAGAGAGUCUCUCAAGACCAUGCUUUCCUGGGGGUGGAGUAUCAACAGGAUACGAGAGAGUGACCCUGCAGGCAAAUCUAGGAGGAUAUCGCUUGUCAGCCAGCUGUCCUUUGAAGGAGCUCAGUCUUUCAAUCCGAGACCCAUUGAUAUGAGCAAUGUUACUCUGUCCAGAGACACACAGUCAAUGGCGGAGCUGCUUGCAGAGAACUAUCACAACAUCUGGGCCAGGAAAAAGAAAAUUGAGCUCGAAGCCAAAGGUGGAGGAAAUCACCCCUUAUUGGUGCCCUUUGAUACACUGACUGCCAAAGAGAAAUUAAAAGACAGACAAAAAGCGCAAGAUGUCCUGAAGUUCCUCCAGAUCAAUGGUUACAUUGUGUCAAGAGGUGUGAAGUCACAGGAGUUGGACUCACCAGCCAUCGAGAAACGAUUUGCCUACACCUUCCUUCAGCAGCUCAUUAAAUAUGUCGACCAGGCCCAUGAGCUCACGAUGAAGUUUGACAUCGAAACAAGACAAAAGGGAGUAAAGAGUCCUCAUGAACAGCAAAUGAAGUUCUUUGGAAAGGUCGUCUUGCCAUUGGUUGAUCAGUACUUCAAGAACCAUCGGCUGUACUUCUUAUCCACGUCCAUUCAUCCCCUAAGCAGUGGUGGCCAUGCCUCCAACAAGGAGAAAGAGAUGGUAACAAGUCUUUUCUGCAAACUGGGAGUACUUGUCAGAAAUAGGAUAUCCUUAUUUGGUAAUAAUGCCACAUCCAUCGUAAAUUGCUUGCAGAUACUGGGGCAAAGUCUGGAUGCCAGGACAGUGAUGAAGACAGGCUUGGAAUCAGUCAAGACAGCACUUCAGUCCUACUUUGACAGUGCAGCGGAUGCUUUGGAGAAGACUCAAGAGAACUUGAAGAUUGGUCAAUUUACUCACAGCAAAGAACAACCCAGAGGAGUCCCUCAGAUCAUCAACUACACUACCUUUGGCUUGCUUCCGAUCCUGUCCUCCUUGUUUGAACACAUUGGAAAGAAUAAUUUUGGAGAAGAUCUGAUAUUCGACGAGGUCCAGGUUUCCUGCUACAGAAUUCUCAAGAGUCUUUACUUUCUGGGAACCAAUGAAAGCAUAUAUGUUGAGAGACAUCGACCAGCAUUAGGAAAAUGUUUGGCUGCUUUCUCAACAGCCUUCCCGGUUGCCUUCCUUGAACCUCACAUCAACAAUUUCAACAACUUCUCAAUCUACAACAGCAAAAGACCUAAAGACAGAACUGCUCUUGGUCUGCCAAGCCAGGUCGAAGAUGUUUGUCCGCUGAUUCCAAAUUUAGACAGAUCUCUGGAAGAAAUCAUUGAGGUGGCAGAGUCUGGCAUGAAAUAUACUCAAAUGCCUCAUGUCGUGGAGGUGAUUUUACCAGUUUUGUGCAGCUACAUGUCUCAUUGGUGGGAACACGGGCUAGAGAACAACCCAGACCGAGCCGACAGCUGCUGUACAUCUGUGACCUCCGAACAUAUGAACAUAUUACUUGGAAACAUCUUGAAGAUCAUCUACAACAAUUUAGGGGUGGAUGAGGGGGCCUGGAUGAAAAGACUAGCGGUGUUUUCUCAACCAAUCAUCAGCAAGGCCAAAUCCCAGUUGCUCAAGACCCACUUUUUGCCUCUGAUGAAGAAACUUAGAAAAAAAGCAGAAGUUGUGCUGAUGGAUGAGGAGCAAAGCAAGGCAGAGGGCAGGGGUGAGAUCUCAGAAACUGAGCUUCUCAUCAUGGACCAAUUCUCAGUCCUUGUCAGAGACCUCUACGCCUUUUAUCCCCUUCUCAUCCGAUUUGUUGACUACAACAGGGCCACAUGGCUGAAAGAGUCGAAUCCAGAGGCAGAAGUGUUGUUCCAGAUGGUGGCUGAAGUUUUUAUCUUCUGGGCAAAGUCUCAUAACUUCAAGAGAGAGGAACAGAAUUUUGUGGUUCAGAAUGAAAUCAACAACAUGUCCUUCCUCAUCUCAGAUUCCAAGUGCAAAAUGUCAAAGGUCAUAGUCUCAUACCAGGAGAGGAAGAAGUUGAGGAGAAAGGGAGACCGAUAUUCAAUGCAGACCAGUCUGAUUGUGGCAGCGCUGAAGCGACUGCUGCCCGUUGGACUUAAUGUUUGUGUUCCUGGUGAACAAGACCUCAUUGCUCUAGCUAAGAGCCGAUUCUCACAGAAAGACACUGAGGAUGAAGUGCGCGAAGUCAUUCGAAACAAUCUCCAUCUACAAGGAAAGUUGCAGGACCCUGCUAUUCGCUGGCAAAGGGCCCUGUACAGAGACAUUCUGAAUCACUGCGGGAACGUCUUAGACCCAGAGAAGAAUGUGGAAAGAGUGCUGGACAUUGCUCAUGUCCUCUUCCACUUGGACCAGGUUGAGCAUCCUCAGCGCAGUAAAAAGGCCGUGUGGCACAAGUUACUGUCCAAACAGAGAAAGAGAGCUGUAGUUGCUUGCUUCAGGAUGGCUCCUCUCUACAAUCUGCCCAGACAUCGGGCUGUCAACUUGUUCCUCCAGGGCUAUGAGAAAUCCUGGAUUGAGGCGGAAGAACACUUCUUUGAGGAUAAACUCAUAGAGGACCUUGCUAAAUCAAGUGACCAAGAGCCAUUUGAAGAGGUCGAGGGAAUGAAACGCAUCGAUCCACUCCAUCAGCUCAUCCAGCUUUUCAGUAGAACAGCUCUGACAGACAAGUGCAUUUCAGAAUUCAAUAAUGGACAUGUUGACUGUUGUAGUAAACUGGAUGAAGAUCAGCUCUACAUGGCUUAUGCUGAUAUCAUGGCCAAGAGCUGCCAUGAUGAAGAAGAUGAAGACGGGGAGGAAGUGAAAAGUUUCGAAGAGAAGGAGAUGGAAAAGCAGAAGCUGUUAUACCAGCAGGAAAGGCUUCAUGAUCGCGGAGCUGCUGAGAUGGUACUUCAGACCAUUAGCGCCAGCAAAGGUGAGAUGGGUCCCAUGGUCGCCUCAACUCUCAAACUCGGCAUUGCAAUUCUCAAUGGAGGAAACUCGACAGUACAACUGAAAAUGCUGGAUUAUCUAAAGAAUCGAAAGGACGUGGGAUUCUUUCAGAGCCUUGCUGGCCUCAUGCAGUUGUGCAGUGUUCUAGAUCUAAAUGCAUUUGAGAGACAGAACAAAGCAGAAGGACUCGGAAUGAUCACUGAGGAAGGAUCAGAUCCUUUCUUUGAAUUUUGUGGUUUAAAGCAGCUUUUUAUCAGUCAUCUAUUUUGCCUUUGCAAAUGUGAGAAGGUUAUGCAGGAUGAUAAGUUUACCUGUGACCUCUUCCGCUUCCUUCAGCUUCUCUGUGAAGGACACAACUCAGAUUUCCAGAACUAUUUAAGGACUCAAACAGGUAACAAUACAACCGUCAACAUCAUCAUCUCGACUGUUGACUACCUCCUAAGAGUACAGGAGUCUAUUAGUGAUUUCUACUGGUAUUACUCUGGCAAGGAUGUAAUUGAUGAGCAGGGACAGAGGAACUUCUCAAAGGCAAUUAAUGUUGCCAAGCAGGUGUUCAACACACUCACAGAGUAUAUCCAGGGUCCAUGUACUGGCAAUCAGCAGAGUUUGGCACACAGUCGUCUGUGGGAUGCUGUAGUUGGAUUUCUCCAUGUCUUUGCUCAUAUGCAGAUGAAAUUGUCCCAGGACUCGAGUCAGAUUGAGUUACUGAAAGAACUUAUGGAUCUUCAGAAAGACAUGGUGGUCAUGUUGCUUUCAAUGAUGGAGGGCAAUGUGGUGAAUGGGACCAUUGGAAAGCAGAUGGUUGACAUGCUGGUGGAAUCAUCCAACAAUGUCGAAAUGAUUUUGAAGUUCUUUGAUAUGUUCCUCAAGCUGAAAGAUGUCACCUCCUCAGAUGCCUUUAAAGAGUACGACCCUGAUGGAAAAGGUUUAAUAUCCAAGAGGGACUUCCAGAAGGCAAUGGAGAACCAUAAGCACUACACACAGUCUGAGACCGAGUUCCUUCUCUCCUGUGCCGAAACGGAUGAAAAUGAACUCCUGCACUAUGAGGAAUUUGUGGAGCGCUUCCAUGAACCAGCUAAGGACAUUGGCUUCAAUGUGGCUGUGUUGUUGACCAACUUGUCAGAGCAUAUGCCUCAUGACAACCGACUGCACACCUUCCUGGAGUUGGCGGAGAGUGUUCUCAACUACUUCCAACCCUACCUGGGUAGGAUUGAAAUCAUGGGCAGUGCUAAGCGUAUUGAAAGGGUCUACUUUGAGAUCAGUGAGUCCAGUCGAACACAGUGGGAGAAACCUCAGGUCAAAGAAUCCAAGCGCCAGUUCAUCUUUGAUGUGGUCAAUGAAGGAGGCGAGAAGGAAAAGAUGGAAUUGUUUGUCAAUUUCUGUGAGGACACCAUCUUUGAAAUGCAACUGGCCGCUCAGAUGUCAGACACUGGCGAGCGUUCAGCUGCGAAAGAGGACAGUGACCAAGAGAGGCCAGAUGUGGAAAAUCCCGAGACAAGCUUCUUUUCAGUGACCAUGGUCCGCAUGGCUCUAAAAGCGCUGCAGUUCAAUGUGAUCCUAUUGAUUAAGGUGUUGUCCAUGAAGAGUUUGAAGAAGCGGAUGAAGAAGAUCAAGAGCAUGACAUCAAAAGACAUGGUCACCACCCUGGUUUCAUUCUACUGGUCUGUGUUGCAGGGCCUCCUUCAUAUAGCCUUCAGUGUGGUGCGAGGAUUUUGCAGAAUAUUUUACAAUAAUAUAUUUGGAAGCAAUCUGGUUGAUGGCGCCAAGAGCAUCAAGGUGUCUGAGCUACUGGCUAACAUGCCUGACCCGACCCAGGAUGGUGUCAGACUGGAGGGGGAGGACAAAGAGAGAAAAUCAUCUGACAGGAGCUCAGUGAAGGAGGACUUGUCGUACUUGGCUGUUAAUACCAGUGACACUGAGUUGCUGUCAGACAUUUUUGGCCUCGACUUACGGAGGGAGGGAGGACAAUAUAAAAUCAGUCCCCACAACCCCAAUGCCAGUCUCACAGAAAUUCUCAACUCCCCACUUCCUUCUCCACCCUCUUGUUCUGCCUUAACAGCACCUCCUCCUGAGCCCAGACAAAGGCAUCAGUCAAAGAUCUCUUCCUUGGAGAAGAAGGAAACCAUACCAGAGAAGGCAUGUGAAGCAAAGAGAAAUUUCAGGAGUGAACAUGAAGAUAAACAUGAGAAGAUGAAGUCAAAAAUGAAAAGGCGUAAGAUCUCGAAGGACGAACCUGAUUUACAGGAGUCAGCACUCUCAAAGAAGCUCGUUGCCUAUCAGCGGAAAGUCCUGAACUAUUUUGCAAGGAACUUUUACAACAUGAGGAUGCUGGCUCUCUUAGUUGCAUUUGCCAUCAACUUCAUUCUCCUAUUCUACAAGGUUUCUACAUCCUCAUCAGUGACUGAGGAAGCGAUCCCAAAGAGCCAACCAGACCGCACCAUUCAGUGGGAUCCACUGGAUGGUGAGCCAGUGGUCGAGAUGAAAGACGGGGUCACGGAUGAUCUCGGAGAGCCCUUGAAGUUGGCUAUGGUUCAUUUCGUCUUGGAGGAGGGCAGCGGUUACAUGGAGCCAACACUGCGGAUCUUGGCUAUCCUUCAUACAGUCAUCUCUUUCUUCUGCAUCAUUGGCUAUUACUGUCUCAAGGUUCCAUUGGUGAUCUUUAAGCGUGAAAAGGAGGUAGCCAGGAAGUUGGAGUUUGAUGGGCUUUACAUAACAGAGCAGCCAUCUGAGGAUGACAUCAAAGGACAGUGGGACAGACUGGUUAUCAACACACAGUCUUUCCCAAACAAUUACUGGGAUAAGUUUGUGAAACGAAAGGUGAUGGAUAAAUACGGAGAAUUUUAUGGUCAUGACCGGAUCAGCGAACUUUUGGGUUUGGACAAGGCCGCUCUGGACUUCAGUGAUGCUCAUAAAAAAAGGAAGCCCCGAAAAGACAGCUACCUGGCUGCUGUGCUGAACUCCAUUGAUGCCAAAUACCAGAUCUGGAAGCUGGGCGUGGUGUUCACUGACAAUUCGUUCCUGUAUCUAGCCUGGUAUAUGACCAUGUCGGUCCUGGGUCACUACAACAACUUUUUCUUUGCUGCACAUCUGCUUGACAUUGCGAUGGGGUUCAAGACACUCCGGACCAUCCUGUCUUCCGUAACGCACAAUGGCAAACAGUUGGUGUUAACAGUCGGCCUGUUAGCGGUGGUGGUGUAUCUAUACACGGUAGUCGCCUUUAACUUCUUCCGAAAGUUCUACAACAAGAGUGAAGAUGGAGAAUUACCUGACAUGAAAUGUGAUGACAUGUUGACAUGCUACAUGUUCCACAUGUAUGUCGGUGUGCGAGCAGGGGGGGGGAUUGGUGACCAAAUUGAGGACCCAGCAGGAGAUGAAUAUGAGAUCUACCGGAUCAUAUUUGACAUCACCUUCUUCUUCUUUGUCAUUGUAAUCCUGCUGGCAAUCAUCCAAGGUUUAAUCAUUGACGCUUUUGGAGAACUGCGGGAUCAGCAAGAACAAGUGAAAGAGGACAUGGAGACAAAAUGUUUUAUUUGUGGAAUAGGCAAUGACUACUUUGACACAGUGCCGCAUGGCUUUGAAACACACACUCUCCAGGAGCACAACUUAGCCAAUUACCUAUUCUUCGUGAUGUAUCUUAUCAACAAAGAUGAAACAGAGCACACAGGCCAGGAAUCUUAUGUAUGGAAAAUGUACCAGGAGCGUUGCUGGGAGUUCUUCCCAGCUGGGGAUUGUUUCCGAAAACAGUAUGAAGAUCAGCUCAACUGAUCUGUUUCUGGAGUUUUGUCCCUUCUGGUGGUUCCUAAACCCUGCCGCAUACUUAUUGGAGUAACAAGUGUUGGCAAACCACAAGGAUUCGACCAACCAAUACUCCCCUGACAAAACACCUUGGAGCUACAUCUCCAAAAUCAAACUGGACUGACCAUCAUCCAAGAUCUUCCUCAUUCAGCAGGUCAACUUGCUGAAUCUGCCCCAAAUUGCAGCACUCAUUUUUGGAAUAUUUUGUGUACAUGGAAAAUGAUCUGCUUCUAUCAUGUAAAAUCAAAUUGUUGGCAUGUGACUGACAGCUUACACUCAUAUAUGAGUCCUUUUUUUUCUUCUAUUUGACAUCACAGUAAUAAGCAUUAAAAAAACAAAAAUGCGAGAGGAGUUGUGGACAGAGGAGAAUGACUCAUUGUGUCUACCAGACACACUUGGUGGUACAGGUAGUAAAACCUGAUGCAAUAUAUCUUUCAAGAUCUGCUUUUGUUACCACUGUCCAAAAAUGUGACUUUGUUGAAUUUUGCCUGUGAUGCAGUGGGAAGACGAUGUGCCUAAAGCUGAAGACUUUCCUCAUGUUUGAAAAAAUCGAGAGCAUUUUAAUGGUUUGAAUCAAAGCGGAGCUUCCGGAUGUGAUCAUGGUGUACAAAAUCUGCACAUGCCCAUGAUUUUGUGUGUGUGUGUGUGAAGAAUGCUGUAAAAUUGCCUGUGACUUGAUGUUGAAUGAUGAGUUAAAGCUCAACUGAAUAGUCCUGCUUGCUCUUUAAUUUGCCCCUUUUUAAGGGUACAAAAACUAUAAACAAAGUUGUAAAGUUUGAAUGAGGGCUUAACAUCCUGUAAUGUUGAAUUAUUUUAUUAAGUGAAUACAAUUAAUUAUGUCUUUUAUCAUAGUUAUACUUGUUGGUUCUUUUAUCUCAGACAUUUUUUUUUAGGUUGUUAUUGAUCUGACAUGUUUCAGUGGAAGUCUUUCGCCACUUUCGGAGUUCCACACUGAGCUAAAAGAAGCAACAAGUUCUAUUUUAUUUAUUAGUAUUUGGAUUCUUUGGAGAUUCUCGGCUGGAAAUAUUUUGCCUGACAAUGGCUUGCAACCGAUUUUCAUCACAUGACACAAUUUGCGGUAAUUUAACAGACCUGGUCAAAAUACGGCCCGGGCAUCACAUUUUGCCCAUCCGCGGUUUUUCACCGACCAUCACAAUGAACAUGAAGUCAAAUUAAAAGGUCAGAUAUG